AUGCUAUCAGAUUUAUCAUUGACUCUAUUAAGAGAUAUUCGACAACUUUUGAGGAUGCGGAUGAUUAUGGAGAAGAAUCCAAUAAAGAAAUUUCUUAUGACGGUUCAACGUGCUUCUCUAAUUUCUAGUUGGAUUGAUAAUAAAGUUUUUGUUCAUAACGAUGAUUUCCUUGAACUUUCCAAAGUUCCUUACGAAUUUAGAUUGUUAGCUUGUGUUGGUGAUUCCGAUCAGCUUAUUGGUGGUUAUAAUCCUGUUUGUUGGAGUUCUCAAGCCAAUGGAAACGCUUUGCAAAAUGAUGGCAAUUUUGAGAGCAGAGUUGUGAAUUCUGAACGAGCCAUUCGUGAUUGUACCAUCGGUUAUGAACGUGUUACUUAA